AUGGAUCUCCACCCCUUCGGCCCACGGCCCCCCAGGGACGGAACCGCCGACCCCCGGCACCAGCCCCCGGCCCGGGAGGAGCCGUCCGGGCGCCGGCUCAAACUGGAGGAGGACGAAGAGGCUGGGCGGCCGCGGGCCCCCCGGGCCCCACCCUGGCCCCCCGGCCCUGGGGAGGCUGAGCCGGAGCAGGGCGAGGCCGCGCGCUACGGCCGCUACCUGCUGAUCGACAGCCAGGGGCUGCCCUACACGGUGCUGGUGGAGGAGGCGGGCGCGGCAGGCGAGCGGGCGGGGCUACGGAAGGUGUACUGCUGCCCCGUGUGCUCCCGCACCUUCGAGUACCUCUCCUACCUGCAGCGGCACAGCAUCACCCACUCGGAGCACAAGCCCCACGUCUGCCGGGCCUGCGGCAAGGCCUUCAAGCGCACGUCCCACCUGGAGCGGCACAAGUACACCCACGCCGGGCGCAAGCCCCACCAGUGCCCCAUCUGCCAGCGCAGCUUCCGCGACGCCGGCGAGCUGGCCCACCACCAGCGCGUGCACACGGGCGAGCGCCCCUUCCAGUGCGAGGACUGCCACAUGCGCUUCGGCGAGCGCAACACGCUCCAGCGGCACAUCCGGCGCAAGCACCGCCAGCAGCCGCCCACGCCCUGA